AUGGAAGCUUCAAAAGGCCACAAGCAUGUCGAAUAUUAUGGUAAUGAAUCUGAUAAGAAUGAAGCAGCCAAUAUAAGAGGUACAGAAGUGAAAGCUGUAUAUAAUUUUUCCAUCCAGACAGUUGCAGGUCUUACUCCAGGAAUGAGUGAUGUUGAUGUUGUAGAAAGAGAAACAAGUCGAAAGGAGAGGAAGAGUUGUUUAUAUGAUGAAAGCAGAAGCAUUAAGAAUAAGAUUAAGAUCCUAUGCAGUUUUGGUGGGAAGAUUUUACCUCGUCCAAGUGAUGGGAAACUUAGAUAUGUUGGAGGAGAUACGAUGAUUAUCCGUAUAAGAAAGGACGUGUGUUGGCAAGAGUUAUGGGAGAAAACAACAGCACUUUACAGUGAAACAUGUUCAAUCAAGUAUCAGCUUCCUGGUGAGGAUCUUGAUGCAUUGGUAUCCGUCUCUUGUGAUGAAGAUUUGCAGAAUAUGAUGGAGGAAUGCAACAGCCUUGUUCAUCAUCAUCAUCAUCAUCAUCUUCAUGAAAAGCUUAGGAUGUUUCUGUUUUCCUUGACUGACUUGGAGGAUACUCAUUAUGGCUCUGCCGAUUCAGAGGUUCAGUUUGUAGUUGCUGUGAAUGGUUUGGUGGGAUCAAGAAGAAGAGUGGGACAUGAUCUUGGGAGAAACAAUCUGAAUCUGAAUGAGCUUCAUGGACAUAAUAAUAGUAAUAAUAAUAAUGGUGACAUGGGUUCAAGUAGAGUGCCACCUGUCGCCAACAGCAGCAUAUCAUCAGUGCCACUGCCAGUACCUUCUGAAUCUAUUAUUAUGCUGCCAAAUUCAUCCAAUCUACUAAACACCAACCAACACGGUGCUCUGCAAGGAGGAGGUUUUAGCCAAGGCCAGAAAUCGGACAUACAAGUAAACAAGGCAAUACCAAAGCAAGAGGUUGAAAAUGGUCCUCCAAACCCUAAAUUAGUCUCUUACUCUUCUCCUCCCCUUCCAAAAUCUAAUAAUAAGGAGAAGGAGAAUGAUAAUCUUAUUGAUUUGAGCUACCUUGAGCCACCUCCACCUCCACCUCCACGUGUUUAUCAUUCUGAGAGGCUUCCACGGGGGCCAACAGAGUUGAACAGGCUAACAAAGUCUGAUGAUUCACUCGCUUCUCAGUUUCUCUUAACUCGUUCACCUUCUGACUUCAUUUCAGAAGCUGUUGAAGAUCCCAUUCCCAUCUCAACAACAAAACAGGUUAAUAAUAAUGAUAACCAACACAAACAGAUCCUUAAAUCUGGCCCUGAAACCAACACUACUGAGGAGGUGAUCAAUCACAAACCAGCAGCAGCAGAAAGCAUAUCACACUUCAAAACUAACCAUACUGAUCCUCCUCCUCUUCCUAAUGAAAUUGAAUCCCAAGGCGACAUAGUUAUUGAUGUGAACGAUCGACUUUUUCUGUCUGAUAUAUUCACAAGAGCAAUGAUGUCAUCAGAAGAGGUGACUGGUGUUGCUGUCCUACCACAAGAUGGAGCAGGAUUGAGCUUCAACAUAGCAAACCACGAACCUCAGCACUGGUCUUUUUUCCAGAAAUUGGCUGCUGCUGAUGUUUCUCUCAUUCAUCAGGAUCAACUUGCUGGACCUCCAAAAACUUUUCUUCAAGAUGAUGAUCCAUCUCAGCUCAAAGUAAGUGAAACUCAAAGUAUGCAGUUUGUUGAAAACAUGAUGAGGAUGCCAGAGGCCGAGAUAGAGAACAUUAGGCUGCCUUCUCUAGCUGAUCUUGAUAUCAAUUCUUUGCAGAUGAUAAGGAAUGAAGAUGUUGAAGAAUUAAAGGAAGUUGGUUCUGGAACAUUUGGGACAGUUUACCAUGGAAAAUGGAGGGGAACAGAUGUGGCCAUCAAACGGAUAAACAAGAGUUGCUUUGCAGCAGGUCCAGGUCCAUCAUCUCAACAGGAGAGAUUGACAAUAAUAGAGUUCUGGCGAGAAGCUGAGAUUCUGUCAAAGCUUCACCAUCCAAAUGUUGUGGCAUUUUAUGGUAUAGUAGAAGAUGGUCCAGGGGGGACAUUAGCUACAGUCACAGAGUUCAUGGUUGAUGGUUCCUUAAGGCGUGUCUUACUUGGCAAAGAUAGGCAUCUGGACCAUCGCAAGAAGCUUAUAAUUGCAAUGGAUGCAGCCUUUGGGAUGGAGUAUUUACAUUCCAAGAAUAUUGUGCAUUUUGAUCUCAAAUGUGACAACUUGCUUGUCAAUAUGAAAGAUCCUUCACGCCCUAUAUGCAAGGUAGGUGAUUUUGGACUAUCAAAGAUGAAGCGCAACACUUUGGUUUCAGGUGGAGUUAGGGGCACCCUGCCAUGGAUGGCUCCUGAGCUGCUGAAUGGUAGCAGCAAUAAAGUAUCUGAGAAGGUUGAUGUAAUCUCGUUUGGAAUUGUGUUAUGGGAGAUCCUGACUGGCGAGGAGCCCUAUGCAAACAUGCACUAUGGUGCAAUCAUAGGAGGCAUUGUGAGCAAUAGGUUGAGACCCCCUAUUCCAAGGGAUUGUGAUGGGGAAUGGAGAAGGCUAAUGGAGCAUUGUUGGGCACCUAACCCUAUGCUCAGGCCAUCCUUCACUGAAAUAACCACCCACUUACGUCUUAUGUCUGCAGCCUCCCAUCCCCACCCACACAAGGGAUCUUAGCAAUGCAUCCCGUCCUCCAAAGUACAUACCAGGUCUAAGAUAGAGAUGAUACCAACCCU